CCUCAUUGUGGAGUACUACCAUUACAAUAGAUUAUAACACAGUGAUGCAGAAGGUUUUGAUAGCAUUAUUACAUCCAUGCUUUCUCUUUUCUUCCUUCAUCCUUUAAACUAAAUUGAUAGAAGAGCCUAGCUAGCAGUGAUUCAAUUUUUUUAAAAAAGAAGUAAAAUGGUGUAGAGAAGAAAGGUAUGCAUAUGUUGAUAAUCAUGGCGCUAACUGCUAAAGGAGGAGAGGAGAGGGCGAGCCCUCACCCCCGUGAAGGCCAGCCAAGCCAAAAGCAAGUCCAGGAAAGAAAGAGAGAUAAAGCCGCAAGAGAGACUAAAAUAUGAGGUAAAGUAGCAGACCAAAGCUGGCGUCUCCUCCCUUUUAAGCCAACUGCUGCUGCUUCUUCUUCCCAUCACCAUUGCAGAGGAUUAAGCCGAUCGAAGAGGUAAUUAGAUGGAGAUACACAAAGAUUGAGUUGUUGUCUGAUUAAUUGAGAAAGAUUGAUGAAAGGAAGAGGAGGAAAUGGCGGCAACGUUGGAGCUCCGGCCGACCUCCUCGUCUGCUUCCCAUCCCGGGCACACUUGGCCUUGAUGCCGAAGCCAAUAUGUAGCCCUUCUCGGCCGGCGGACUUGGCUGGGAAGAGGCAUCGUGCCGGUCGCGGCCACGUUAGCCCGCUGUUCAAGACCAAGACCAAGAGGAUGAGCUCGGAGGAGGUCAUCGACGAGCCGACUUCGCCCAAGGUCACCUGCGCCGGGCAGAUCAAGGUCCGGAGCAAGUCCCGGCCGCGCCGGCCACCGGCUGAGCAGAAGAACUGGAUCGCGGUGGUGGAGGAAAUCGAGAGGAUGCACGAGCACCGGAACAAGAAGGCGCAUCACUGGCUCGACGCGGUCAGCCUUAAGAAGGACGUCAUGCACUUGGUCGGCGCUCUCCGCGGCUUCCGCUUCAAUAUGCGGUGCUUCGGUGCGUUCCACGGCGCUGUGGACUGCACCACCGAUGAGGAAGACGGCGAGGAGGAGGAGGAGGACGAGAAGGAGGAGGCCGAGAGCAGCACCGAGUCGGGAACUGUGUUCUCUAAGUGGUUCAUGCUGCUGGAAGAGAACCAAAGAAUAAAACUUGAGAGAGAAACAGAGGAGGAGGAAGAAGAAGAAGAAGGAGGAGGAGGAGAAGAAGAAGAGAAGGAAGAACAAAAUGCUCCGCCAACUAAUUCUUCCGUGCCACCUCCGAACGCUCUAAUGCUCAUGAGAUGCCGGUCUGCACCGGCCAAGGGGUGGCUCAAGAGAAGAGAAUCGGGAGGAGAGGAAGAAGAAAUAGAAGCAGAGGAGGCAAGUAGUUCGUCAACGAGGGAGAAGGAGAAAGAGGAGAAGCUAGUGCUGAUGAGUUAUGCUCCGGACUUCUUCAAGAUCUCCACCGACAUCGCAAGGGAGACUUGGGUGGCCGGGAGCGCCGACCCUCUCGCUCGAAGCCGGAGCUGGAGAAGGUGACAGAGCGCGCCGGCGGCCGGUGCAACAUGGCUCAUGAUCUCCCAGCCUUUGAUGUAUAUGAUCUAAAUACACUUAUGCAUGCUUGUGUGUGUGUGUUGAUUAAAUCUUGGUGUGCGUUUCGUUUGGAACGGAGUUCUGUUGGUCCUUUCUGCGAGAACUAUCUGACAGAAUUCAGGGCA